GCUUUUCCAGCACUCUGUAAAACACACACACACACACACACACAAGCUAACGCACACAUGCCUGACACACUCAGGGCUGACGUGGGCUGAGGUCUGAGCAGGGCUCCUUCUGGAACAGCUGGUCUCCAUCUGUGGCUGCUGCUGCUUCCUGCUGCUGUGAGCACCGCGGCCGCUGAGAGGAACCGGACCAGCCCACAGCGUCCCAUCCAUGCGCCCCGUCCCACUCGCACUCAGACAGGCAGACUGACGAGCUAGUGGAGCCGUGUGCUGAGGCGGCAGCAUGGACAUCCUGACAGCCUGGGCGCUCACCAACCCGGCUGCGGCCCGGCUCCUCUGGGUCCUGCUUCUGGUGCUGGCCACGCUUUUGGUCUGGCUCGUCUUUUUCGGCUGCUACCGCUGGAACCAGAGCUCCUCGCCCUCCCUGGAGAGGUACCUGGCAGUGAUGGUGACGCGGUCCAAGGCCAAGGCUCCGGCUCAGAAAAAGAAAAAGCCCAAAGAGAAGCCUGUGUCUGUGUCGGUGCCGUCAGUGGAGGUGGUGGCGGAGCAGAACGAGGCCUCUGGACCGGAACCGCCGUGUCCGGCAGUGAGGAAGAGGAAGAGACGAGCUCAUAAAAACGGGCUGGAAACCGUGACUGCAGACAGGACACAGAAGACUAUGGAGGAGCUGAAGGACAAGCCGAGGAGGAGGCCUCUGGUCAGAGCUGCAUCAGAGGAGAGCUCCAGCGAUCUGAGUGCACUAAGCUGCUCUCCGUCCCCCGGAGACACGCUGCCUUGGAACCUCCCCAAACACCAUCGCAUCAAGAGAUCCAAGUCGGCCUCUGGAGACGUGCUGGACCCGGCAGAGCGAGCCGUCAUCCGCAUUGCAGAUGAACGGGACCGGGUUCAGAAGAAGACCUUCACCAAAUGGGUCAACAAGCACCUGAUGAAGCACUGGAAGGCAGAGGCCCAGAGGCACAUCACAGACCUCUAUGAAGACCUGAGAGAUGGACACAACCUCAUCUCCCUGCUGGAGGUGCUCUCUGGAGAGACACUGCCGAGGGAGCGUGACCUUGUGAGGAACGUGCGGUUGCCUCGGGAGAAGGGACGAAUGCGUUUCCACAAGCUGCAGAACGUACAGAUCGCCCUGGACUUUCUCAAACACAGACAGGUGAAACUGGUCAACAUCAGGAAUGAUGACAUUGCAGAUGGGAACCCCAAGCUGACCCUGGGUCUGAUCUGGACCAUCAUUCUGCACUUCCAGAUCUCAGACAUUCAGGUGAACGGUCAGUCUGACGACAUGACGGCCAAGGAGAAGCUGCUGCUGUGGUCUCAGAGGAUGGUGGAGGGAUACCAGGGCCUGCGCUGUGACAACUUCACCUCAAGCUGGAGGGACGGGAAGCUCUUCAACGCCAUCAUCCACAAACACAGGCCCGCUCUACUCGACAUGAGCCAAGUGUACCGGCAGAGCAACCAGGAGAACCUGGAGCAGGCCUUCAGCGUGGCAGAGAGAGAACUGGGCGUCACCAGGCUGCUGGACCCUGAAGAUGUGGAUGUGGCUCAUCCAGAUGAGAAGUCCAUCAUCACAUACGUGUCCUCUCUGUAUGAUGUCAUGCCCAGGGUCCCAGAUGUUCAGGAUGGGGUCAAAGCCAAUGAGCUGGAGCUGCGUUGGCAGGAGUAUUACGAGCUGGUCACCAUGUUGCUGCAGUGGAUCAGACACCACAUCCUCGUCUUUGAGGAAAGGAAGUUUCCCACCAGCUACGAGGAGAUCGAGGUUCUGUGGCGUCAGUUUCUGAAGUUCAAAGAAACGGAGCUUCCUGCAAAGGAGGCAGACAAGAACCGCUCCAAACACAUCUUCAAGUCAUUUGAGGGUGCGGUCCAGACAGGCCUGGUUAAAGUGCCUCCAGGAUAUCACCCCAUCGACGUGGAGAAGGAAUGGGGCCGUCUGCACGUUGCCAUACUGGAGAGAGAGCGUCUCCUCAGGACGGAGUUUGAGAGGCUGGAACGACUUCAGAGGGUCGUCAGCAAGGUCCAGAUGGAGUCAGGGGUCUGUGAGGAGCAGCUCAACCAGGUGGAAACCCUGCUGCAGACGGACGUGAGGAGUCUGAGCUCCGGGAAGCCGGCUCAGCACACGGCCGAGAUGGAGGCCGAUCUGGAAAAAGCAGAAGGAAUGAUCCGCUUCCUCUUUAAUGACGUCCAGCUGCUUAAAGAUGGACGCCACCUUCAAGCUGAACAGAUGUAUCGCAGAGUUUAUCGUCUCCACGAGAGGCUGGUGAACCUUCGCAGCGAGUACAACCUGCGCCUCAAGUCCGGCGUGACCGCCACGCAGAUCCCCAUGACUCAGAUCCACACGGUGCAGGUGCUGCAGCAGGCUCCCGUGAGGGUGCGGCCUGAGCUGGAUGAAGUCACCCUGCGCUACAUCCAGGACCUGCUGGGCUGGGUGGAGGAGAACCAGCGCCGGGUCGAUGAUGGGGAGUGGGGCUCGGACCUGCCAGCCGUGGAGUCACAGCUGGGCAGCCACCGGGGCCUGCACCAGUCUGUGGAGGAGUUCCGCUCCAAGAUCGAGAGGGCGAAGGCAGACGAGAGUCAGAUCUCACCUGCCAGUAAAGCUGCCUACCGUGAUUAUCUGGCAAAACUAGAGCUGCAGUAUGACAAGCUCCUGCAUGACUCUAAGGCUCGUCUGCGCUACCUGGUCCAACUUCACACCUUCGUCACUGCAGCCACCAAAGAGCUGAUGUGGCUGAAUGAGAAAGAGGAAGAGGAGGUGAACUACGACUGGAGCGAUCGCAACACCAACAUGACGGCCAAGAAAGACAACUACUCGGGUCUGAUGAGAGAGUUGGAGCUUAGGGAGAAGAAGGUCAACGGUGUCCAGACAACAGGAGACAAACUGCUGAGAGACGGACACCCUGGUAGAAAAACGAUUGAGGCCUUUACUGCAGCUUUGCAGACUCAGUGGAGUUGGAUCCUCCAGCUGUGCUGCUGCAUUGAAACACACCUGAAAGAAAACACUGCCCACUUCCAGUUUUUCUCUGAUGUGAAAGAAGCAGAGGAGAGGAUCAAAAAGAUGCAAGACACAAUGAAGAGGAAGUACACGUGUGACCGCUCCAUCACAGUCACGCGACUGGAAGACCUGGUGCAGGAUGCAGCUGAUGAGAGGGAGCAACUGAACGAGAUAAAAACUCACCUAGAAGGCCUGAAGCGAAGGGCCAAGACCAUCGUCCAGCUGAAGCCACGCAACCCUGCUACACCCAUCAAGAGCAAACUGCCCAUUCAGGCUGUUUGUGACUUUAAACAAAUGGAGAUCACAGUUCACAGAGGGGAUGAAUGUGCUCUGCUGAACAACUCGCAGCCUUAUAAGUGGAGGGUGCUGAAUGACAAAGGCAGCGAGGCGUCUGUGCCUUCCAUCUGCUUCCUGGUUCCUCCCACCAACAAAGAUGCAGUGAACAGCGUCGCUGGGCUGGACGGGAACCUCCAGCGACUGGAGACCAUGUGGCAGACCAUGUUUGUGGACCUGAAGAGUCUUCUGUCCUGGCAGUACCUGAUGAGAGACAUCCACAUGAUAAAGACCUGGAACAUCACCAUGUUUAAAACCCUGAGGGUGGAGGAGUACAGGCUGGCACUGAGGAACCUGGAGCAGCACUACCAGGACUUUCUGAGAGACAGUCAAGACUCCCAGAUGUUUGGGGCUGAAGAUCGAAUGCAGGUGGAAUCAAACUACAACAGAGCAAACCAGCACUACAACACAAUGGUCAGCUCUGCAGAACAAGGUGACUGUCGGGUUCACGUUACAGGCCAUGUGCCGCCCAGAGCAGGAGAGCAAGAUGAGUCUGUGUGCAAGACAUACCUGACCAAGAUAAAAGAUCUUCGUCUGAAGCUGGAUGGUUGCGAGAGCCGGACGGUGACGCGUCUUCGUCAGCCGGUGGACAAAGAGCCGCUGAAAGCCUGCGCUCAGAAAACAGCAGAGCAAAUGAAAGUCCAGUCAGAGCUGGAGGGCUUGAAAAAAGACUUGAACUCCAUCACAGAGAAGACGGAGGAGAUUCUGGCCUCGCCUCAACAGUCCAGCUCGGCCCCGAUGCUGCGCUCUGAGCUGGACGUCACGCUGAAGAAGAUGGACCACGUCUACGGCCUCUCGUCUGUCUACCUGGACAAGCUCAAGACCAUUGACAUUGUGAUCAGAAACACUAAGGAUGCAGAGGACACCGUGAAGAGCUACGAGAGCCGCCUUCGCGACGUCAGUAAAGUGCCGGCAGAGGAGAAGGAGGUGGAGGCUCAUCGCAGUCAGCUCAAGGCGAUGCGCGCCGAGGCAGAGGCCGACCAGGCGACCUUCGACCGCCUGCAGGACGAGCUCAAGGCGGCGACGUCCGUCAGCGACAAGAUGACGAGGCUGCACAGCGAGCGCGACGCCGAGCUGGAGCACUACCGGCAGCUGGCCGGCAGCCUCCUGGAGCGCUGGCAGGCCGUGUUCGCUCAGAUCGACCUGAGGCAGCGGGAGCUCAGCCUCCUCGGGCGCCACAUGAACUCCUACAAACAAAGCUACGAGUGGCUCAUCCAGUGGCUCCGAGAAGCCCGACUGAGACAGGAGAAGAUCGAAGCAGCGCCGGUCUGGGACAGCAAGGCUCUAAAGGAGCAGCUGACUCAGGAGAAGAAACUGCUGGAGGAGAUCGAGAAAAACAAGGACCAGAUUGAAAACUGCCAGAAAGACGCAAAAGCUUACAUCGAUUCAUUGAAGGAUUACGAGUUCCAGAUCUUGGCCUAUCGAGCCCUCCAGGAUCCCAUAGCAUCGCCUCUGAAGAAACCAAAAAUGGAGAGUGCAUCUGACAACAUUAUUCAAGAGUAUGUGACUCUGAGAACUCGCUACAGUGAGCUGUCGACUCUCACCAGCCAGUACAUCAAGUUCAUCCUGGAGACACAGCGUCGCCUGGAGGAUGAUGAGAAAGCUUCAGAAAAACUCAAAGAAGACGAGAAGAAAAGGAUGGCAGAGAUACAGGCACAGCUAGAGACGCAGAAACAGUUGGCCGAGGGUCACGCUAAAUCUGUGGCCAAAGCAGAACUGGAAGCUCAGGAGCUGAAGCUGAAAAUGAAGGAAGACGCCAGCCAGAGGCAAGGUCUGGCAGUGGACGCCGAGAAGCAGAAGCAAAACAUUCAACUGGAGCUGACUCAACUGAAGAAUCUGUCAGAACAAGAGAUAAGGUCCAAAAAUCAGCAGCUGGAGGAGGCACAAGUCAGUCGUAGGAAACUCGAGGAGGAAAUCCACUUGAUUAGAAUCCAGUUACAGACGACAAUAAAACAGAAGAGCACGGCUGACGACGAGCUACAGAAGCUCCGUGACCAGGCGGCAGAAGCAGAGAAGGUCCGGAAAGCUGCUCAGGAGGAGGCGGAAAGGCUUCGCAAGCAGGUGAAUGAGGAGACUCAAAAAAAGAAAAAUGCAGAAGAUGAGCUGAAGCGUAAAUCAGAAGCAGAAAAAGAGGCUGCGAGGCAGAAGCAGAAAGCUCUGGAUGAGCUGCAGAAGCAUAAAAUGCAAGCGGAGGAGGCAGAGAGGCGGCUGAAACAAGCCGAGGAGGAGAAAGUGAGGCAGAUCAAGGUGGUGGAGGAGGUGGCCCAGAAGACUGCUGCAACACAACUGCAGGCCAUGUCAUUCAGUGAAAAGACGACUAAACUUGAGGAAUCGCUGAAGAAGGAGCAGGGAACCGUCCUACAGUUGCAGGAGGAAGCUGAAAAACUGAGGAAACAAGAGGAGGAGGCUAACAAAGCCAGGGAGCAGGCAGAGAAAGAGCUGGAAACAUGGCGCCUGAAGGCCAACGAGGCCCUCCGCUUGAGGCUGCGGGCUGAGGAGGAGGCCCAGAGGAAAAGCCUGGCUCAGGAGGAGGCAGAGAAGCAGAAGACGGAGGCAGAGCGCGAUGCCAAGAAAAAGGCCAAGGCUGAAGAAGCUGCGCUGAAGCAGAAGGAGAACGCAGAGAAGGAGCUGGAAAAGCAGAGGACCUUCGCUGAGCAAAUAGCUCAGCAAAAGUUGUCUGCAGAACAGGAGUACAUACGCUUAAAGGCAGACUUCGAGCAUGCGGAGCAGCAACGCGGACUGCUGGACAAUGAGCUGCAGCGCCUGAAAAAUGAGGUGAACGCUGCCGAGAAGCAGAGAAGACAGCUGGAGGACGAGCUGGCGAAAGUCAGAAGUGAAAUGGACGCUCUCCUGCAAAUGAAGAUUCAAGCCGAGAAGGUGUCGCAGUCCAACACAGAAAAGAGCAAACAGCUUCUAGAGACUGAAGCACUGAAAAUGAAACAGCUUGCUGAGGAGGCAGCGAGACUGAGGUCAGUGGCUGAAGAGGCCAAGAAACAAAGGCAGCUGGCCGAGGACGAAGCCGCCCGGCAGAGAGCGGAAGCUGAAAAGAUCCUCAAGGAAAAGCUGGCAGCCAUCAACGAAGCCACGCGUCUGAAGACCGAAGCCGAGGUCGCUCUGAAAGCCAAAGAGGCAGAAAAUGAACGACUCAAAAGACAAGCUGAGGAUGAGGCCUAUCAGAGAAAGCUGCUGGAGGACCAGGCUGCUCAGCAUAAACACGACAUUCAGGAGAAAAUCACGCAGCUUCAGAGCUCCUCGGUUUCUGAGUUGGACCGACAAAAGAAUAUCGUGGAGGAAACGCUGAGGCAAAAGAAGGUGGUUGAGGAGGAAAUUCACAUAAUUAGGAUCAACUUUGAGAGAGCCUCAAAGGAGAAGUCUGAUUUGGAGGUGGAGCUGAAGAAACUGAAAGGCAUCGCGGAUGAAACACAGAAGAGCAAAGCCAAGGCAGAGGAGGAAGCAGAGAAACUGAAAAAGCUCGCUGCUGAGGAGGAGAGAAAGAGAAGGGAAGCUGAGGAGAAGGUGAAGAAGAUUGCUGCAGCAGAGGAAGAGGCCGCCCGGCAACGCAAAGCUGCUCAGGACGAGGUGGAACGACUCAAACAGAAAGCGGCCGAGGCAAAUAAACUGAAAGACAAGGCUGAGAAGGAAUUGGAGAAACAGGUCAUUCUGGCCAAAGAGGCAGCACAGAAGUCGACGGCCGCAGAGCAGAAAGCUCAGGAUGUUCUCAGUAAGAAUAAAGAAGACCUCCUCUCGCAGGAGAAGCUCAGAGACGAGUUUGAAAAUGCUAAGAAACUAGCACAAGCAGCUGAGACGGCCAAAGAAAAAGCAGAGAAAGAAGCUGCGCUGCUCCGUCAGAAGGCAGAGGAAGCUGAGAAACUGAAAAAAGCAGCAGAAGAUGAAGCAGCCAAACAGGCCAAAGCUCAGAAGGACGCAGAGAGACUGAGGAAAGAAGCCGAGGCAGAGGCUGCCAAGCGAGCGGCGGCCGAGGCAGCAGCUCUAAAACAGAAGCAGGAAGCGGACGCAGAGAUGGCCAAGCACAAGAAGGAGGCAGAGCAGGCGCUGAAACAGAAGUCUCAGGUUGAAAAGGAACUUGGAUUAGUUAAACUGCAACUGGAUGAGACGGAUAAACAGAAAGCCCUGAUGGAUGAAGAGCUCCAGCGGGUAAAGGCCCAAGUCAACGAUGCUGUCAAACAAAAAGCACAGGUGGAGAAUGAACUGUCCAAGGUCAAGAUGCAGAUGGACGAGCUCCUGAAACUCAAGGUCAGAAUUGAGGAAGAGAACCUGCGCCUCAUGCAGAAAAACAAAGAUAAUACACAAAAAUUACUUGCAGAGGAGGCUGAGAAAAUGAAGAGCCUGGCAGAGGAAGCCGCUAGACUCAGUGUGGAGGCUGAGGAGACGGCCAGGCAGAGGAAGACUGCAGAGGCCGAGCUGGCAGAACAGAGGGCGCUUGCAGAGAAAAUGCUGAAGGAGAAAAUGCAGGCCAUCCAAGAGGCCACCAAACUGAAGGCUGAGGCAGAGGAGCUCCAGAAGCAGAAGAACCAGGCACAAGAAAAGGCGAAAAAACUGCUGGAGGACAAGCAGGAGAUCCAGCAGCGCCUUGAUAAGGAGACACAGGGUUUCCAGAAGUCACUGGAGGCUGAGAGAAAGAGGCAACUGGAAAUUUCUGCUGAAGCGGAGAAACUGAAACUGAGGGUGAAAGAGCUCAGCAGUGCUCAGGCCAAAGCAGAAGAGGAGGCUACGAGGUUCAAGAAACAGGCUGAUGAAGCCAAAGUUCGCCUUCAAGAGACAGAGAAGCAAACUACAGAAACAGUGGUGCAAAAGCUGGAGACACAGAGGCUGCAGAGCACCAGAGAGGCCGACGACCUGAAGAAAGCCAUCGCUGAGCUGGAGAAAGAGAGAGAAAAACUGAAGAGAGACGCACAGGAGCUUCAGAACAAAUCCAAAGAGACGGCCAGUGCUCAGCAAGAACAAAUGGAGCAGCAGAAGGCCAUGCUACAGCAGACGUUCCUCACAGAGAAGGAACUGCUGCUGAAGAGAGAGAGGGAUGUUGAGGAUGAGAAAAAGAAGCUUCAGAAACAUCUAGAGGAUGAAGUGAAUAAGGCCAAAGCUCUUAAAGACGAACAACAACGUCAGCAAAAGCUGAUGGACGAGGAGAAGAAGAAGCUUCAGGCCAUAAUGGAUGAAGCUGUGAAGAAGCAAAAAGAGGCUGAAGCAGAGAUGAAAAACAAGCAGAAAGAAAUGGAGGCGCUUGAAAAGAAAAGGCUUGAACAAGAAAAACUACUGGCAGACGAGAACAAGAAGCUUAGAGAGAAACUUGAGAGUCUGGAGGUUACUUCCAAACAGGCAGCGUCCAAAACAAAAGAGAUCGAAGUUCAGACUGACAAGGUCCCUGAGGAGCAGUUAGUUUCCAUGACGACGGUAGAAACUACUAAGAAGGUUUUUAAUGGCUCUGUGGAAGCAGUGAAGAAAGAUGGAGCAUCACCUUUAGCAUUUGAAGGAAUAAGAGAGAGCGUUCCUGCUGAACGGCUCCUAGAGAUUGGUGUCCUCACCAAGAAGGACGUUGACAAAUUGAAAAAGGGAAAAGUCUCUGCCCAAGACCUUUCAAAGGCCGAUAAGGUGAAAGCAUGUCUUAAAGGUCAGAGCUCUGUUGGCGGGGUCUUGACUCCCUCCAAAGAGACAAUGAGUGUCUAUAGGGCCAUGGCGGAGAACAAGAUUACGCCCAACACUGCUGCAAUGCUCCUGGAGGCUCAAGCAGCGUCUGGUUACAUCGUGGAUCCAGUGAAAAAUAAACUGCUAACUGUGGACGAGGCUGUGAAAGAGGAGUUAAUUGGCCCUGAGCUCCACACCAGGAUGCUUUCUGCAGAGCGAGCCGCCACUGGCUUCAAAGAUCCCUACACAGGAGCCAAAAUCUCUGUCUUUGAGGCCAUGCAGAAGGGGCUUAUCGAGAAGGAUCUGGCCACCAAGUUCCUUGAUGUGCAGCUUGCAACAGGUGGCAUCAUUGACCCUGUUAACAGCCACAGGCUACCACUGCAGACGGCCUACAAGCAGGGCCAGUUUGACCCAGACAUGAACAAGAAACUCACUGAUCCCAGUAACGACUGCAAGUUAUUCAUUGACCCCAGCACUCAGGAGCAGCUCACUUAUCAGCAGUUACUGGAGAGAUGCACCAAAGAUGCAGAGACCGGUCUGCUCAUAUUACCUGUAACAGAAAAAGCAGCAGUAACUGAAAGAACAUACACAGACCAGGAGACUAAGGAAGUGUUCAGUCAAUCAAACCUUGAUGUGCCCUUUGGAAGGUUCAAAGGGAAAACUGUCACCAUUUGGGAAGUCAUCAAUUCAGAAUAUUUCACUGAGGAGCAAAGGAAGGAACUGAUCCGCCAGUACAAGACAGGCAAGAUCACAGUGGAAAAGAUUAUCAAAAUUGUCAUCACUGUUGUGGAAGACAAGGAGAAGAAUAAUGAAAAUGUCUUCAACGGUUUGAGGGCCCCCGUCUCUGCCAGUGAACUGUUGGAGUCUAAGAUUAUCAACAAAGACUUGUUCAACAAGUUGAGUAAUGGCAAGAUCACAGUUACGGAGAUCUCUGAGAUGGAGCCUGUGAAGCAGGCGCUGCAGGGAACACCCAGCAUUGCUGGACUGCUGAAUGAGCCAACCAAGGAGAAGAUGUCCUUCUAUCAAGCCAUGAAGAAAGAACUCCUGUCACCAGAAGCUGCGGUGAACCUUCUCGAGGCCCAAGCAGCAACUGGGUUUGUAAUUGAUCCGGUCAAAAAUGAGAAGGUGUCUGUUGAUGAUGCUGUCAAGUCGGGUCUCGUGGGUCCAGAGCUCCAUGAACAACUUCUGUCUGCAGAGAGAGCCGUCAGUGGCUAUAAAGACCCAUACACAGGAAAGACAGUGUCUCUGUUCGAAGCCAUGAACAAAGGGCUGAUCAAGAAAACCCAAGGCAUCCGUCUGCUUGAGGCACAGCUCUCAACAGGUGGCAUCAUUGACCCUGUGAAAAGCUAUCGUGUCCCACAAGAGGUUGCCUGUAAGCGAGGAUAUUUUAAUGAGGAAAUGGCCAAGACCCUCAAUAAAAACACAGAGGAAACAAAGGUCUUCUAUGAACCCAACUCACAGGAUGAUGUGACCUAUGCUCAGCUCAUGAAUAAAUCUGUCACAGACAAAGACACCGGACUUCCGUUGCUCCCACUGUCAAAGAAGGCCUCAAAGCAGAAAGAAGACAAACAGAUUACAGAGGCAAAGACAAAGGAGACCCUGAACCAGGCAACCAUGGAGCUGGAGUAUGGACCUUUCAGAGGAAGAAAAGUCACAAUUUGGGAGAUUAUACACUCCGAAUACAUUACAGAGGAGCAAAGAAUAGAGCUUAUUCGCCAGUACCGACUGGGACAGGUGACAAUUGAAAAGUUGAUCAAGAUUGUGAUAACAAUGGUUGAUGAAAGAGAGGAUAAAGCAAAGGAAGAGGUCUGUUUUGAAGGGCUUAGAACACCAGUGCCUGCCAGCUCGUUACUGGAUUCCAACAUCAUUGACAAGGCUACAUUUGACCAGCUCCAACAGGGAAAGAAGACGCCCAAAGAAGUUAGUGAGACCGAAAAGGUCCGCAAGUUUCUGCAGGGCACAGAUCGCAUCGACGGUGUCACAGUGGGAGAUUCAAAUGAAAGGUUAACUAUAUACGAAGCAAUGAAAAAGAAUGUGUUGCAACACACCACUGGACUGGCACUACUGGAGGCCCAAGCUGGAACUGGUUUCAUAACUGACCCGGUCAAAAAUCUGAAAUACUCGGUGGAUGAUGCUGUGAAGGUUGCAGUUGUUGGACCAGAGCUUCACGAGAAACUUCUGUCGGCUGAGAAAGCAGUGACUGGAUACAAAGAUCCAUACACAGGAAACAAGAUUUCCCUCUUCCAGGCCAUGACGAAGGAGCUCGUACUGCGGGAGCAUGCACUUCCUCUGCUGGAGGCUCAGUUUGCUACAGGAGGAAUUAUUGAUCCAGUCAGCAGCCAUCGUGUUCCCAAUGACGUGGCUAUUCAGCGGGGCUACUUAAGUAAGCAAAUGGUAAAGUCCUUCAAUGAACCUUCAGGUGACGUUAAAGGUUUUACCAAUCCCAACACCAGCCAAAGUCUAACUUACAAGCAGUUGCUGGAAAAAUGUGUACGAGAUCCCAUCUCUGGUCUGUGCUACCUGCCAGUGUCAAAGGGUGAAGCUCCUGCUCCAGUUAAGAAAUCAUACCAGUACACAGAGGAGCAGACCCAGAACGAUUUAGCCAACACUCAGAUUGAGAUUCCUCACAAGAGUUUUGCAGGAAAAAGUAUGACUAUGUGGGAAGUCAUGAACUCCAAUAUGCUUCCAGAAGAGGAGAGGCGCCGCCUAAUGGAACAGUAUCGCUUGGGGCAAAUCACAAAGGACAGAAUGCUAAUCAUCAUCAUUGAGAUCAUUGAACACAGGGAAAGCCUGAAGGCGGAGCAGAGCAUGUCAUGUGAUAUCAUCAGAAGAAGAGUUACUAUAGAGGAGCUUUACAGCGCUCGAAUUAUUGACUUGCAAACAUACAACCUUCUGAAACAGGAGAAGCUGAGCGUUCGUGAGGUUAUGGAGAUGGCCUCAGUGAAGCAGUAUCUCUUUGGCACUGGCUGCAUUGCUGGUAUUAUGUCAGACAGUCCUCCAAAAAUCAGCAUUUACCAGGCUAUGAAGAGCGGACAGAUUAAACCUGAGAUAGCUUUGAAUCUUCUAGAGGCUCAAGCAGCAACAGGUUUCAUGAUCGAUCCAGUCAAAGACGAGCUUCUAACCGUGGAUGAGGCUGUGCGCAAAGGACUGGUGGGCCCUGAACUCCAUGACAAACUCCUCUCUGCUGAGAGAGCCGUGACGGGCUACAAAGACCCAUACAGUGGAAAAGUCAUCUCUCUCUUCCAGGCAAUGAAAAAAGGCCUUGUUCCUGAGGAUUAUGCCCUGAGGCUUCUGGAGGCCCAGAAUGCAACUGGUGGAUUGAUGGAUCCUGAAUACUGCUUCCACCUGCCCACAGACGUCGCCAUGCAGCGUGGAUACAUCAAUAAAGAGACACUUGACAGAAUAUCUGAACCUACUGCGGAUGUGCGAGGUUACACUGAUCCGACAACGGAUGACAAACAGUCGUACGCCCAACUUCUGAAGAGAAGUCGCGUUGACAAAGACAGCGGUUUGCGUCUACUUUCACUGGCAGAUAGAAGACUGCUCUUCAAGGGUCUCAGAAAGCAAAUUACUGUGGAGGAGCUGCUCAUUUCCCAGAUUAUCGACCAGAAGACAUACAAUGAGCUCAAUGAUGGCACCCUAACAGUUGAGGAGGUCAGCAGAGGGCUGAAGAAGUACCUUGAAGGCGUCAGCUGUAUUGCUGGUGUGUUUGUAGAAUCUACCAAAGAGCGUCUGUCUAUUUACCAAGCCAUGAAGAAGAACAUGAUCAGACCAGGAACUGCCUUUGAGCUCCUUGAGGCUCAGGCUGCCACAGGCUAUGUGAUUGACCCCAUCAAGAACCUGAAGCUAAAUGUCACCGAAGCAGUUAAAAUGGGUGUUGUCGGCCCAGAGUUUAAAGACAAACUCCUCUCAGCUGAACGGGCCGUCACAGGCUACAAGGACCCCUAUACUGGCAAGGUCAUCUCACUGUUCCAGGCCAUGAAGAAGAGCCUAAUUCUGAAAGACCACGGAAUUCGUUUGCUAGAGGCUCAGAUCGCUACUGGUGGAAUCAUUGAUCCACAGGAGAGCCACCGCUUGCCAGUUGAAACGGCGUACGAGCGAGGUCUCUUUGACGAGGAGAUGAACCAAAUCCUCACUGACCCCUCUGAUGACACAAAGGGCUUUUUUGACCCCAACACUGAGGAGAAUCUCACUUACCUGCAGCUGAUGGAGAGGUGUAUGAAAGAUCCAGAAACGGACCUGGCUCUUCUGAUGCUUAAAGAAAAGAAGCGUGAGAGGAAGACAUCAUCCAAGUCCUCUGUUCGCAAGCGCAGGGUUGUCAUUGUUGAUCCUGAGUCAGGGAAAGAGAUGUCAGUUUAUGAAGCCUAUCAGAAGGGCCUGAUCGACCACCAAACAUACCUGGAACUGGCAGAGCAGGAGUGUGAAUGGGAGGAAAUUACAAUCACAUCGUCUGAUGGAGUCGUGAAAUCCAUGAUCAUUGACCGACGGUCCGGUCGACAGUAUGACAUCGAUGAUGCGAUCUCACGCGGUCUGAUUGACAAAUCGGCACUGGAUCAGUACAGAGCAGGAACUCUGUCCAUCACAGAGUUUGCAGACAUGCUGUCAGGAAACAUGAGCGGUGUCAGAUCCCGUUCGUCGUCAUUCGGCUCCUCCUCUUCCUACCCCAUGAGCCCCAUACCUUCUAUAAAGACACCAGCAACCACAUGGAGCGACCCAACAGAGGAAAGUGGUCCUGUGGCUGGAAUCUUAGACACAGACACCCUGGAGAAGGUCUCCGUUACGGAGGCCAUUCACAGAAACCUUGUGGACAACAUAACGGGCCAAAGACUGCUGGAAGCUCAGGCCUGCACUGGAGGGAUCAUUGACCCAAACACUGGAGAGAAGUUCUCUGUUGCAGAUGCAAUGAACAAAGGGCUUGUGGAUAAGAUCAUGGUGGACCGCAUCACUCUAGCACAGAAGGCCUAUAAUGGAUUUGAAGAUCCUAGAACAAAAAGCAAAAUGUCAGCAGCCCAAGCCCUGAAGAAAGGCUGGCUGUACUACGAGGCGGGGCAGCGCUUCCUGGAGGUCCAGUAUCUCACUGGUGGACUGAUUGAACCGGACACCACAGGCAGGGUCUCUAUAGAUGAGGCGGUAAAGAAGGGCUCCCUGGACGCACGCACUGCACAGAAGCUAAGAGACGUUAGUGCUUACUCCAAAUACCUCACAUGCCCCAAAACCAAGCUGAAAAUCUCCUACAAGGAUGCUCUAGAGAGAAGCAUGACAGAAGAGGGGACCGGGCUACGACUACUUGAAGCAUCAUCUCAGUCUAGCAAAGGUCUCUACAGCCCAUAUAGCAUCAGUGGGUCGGGCUCUGCUACUGGGUCACGUUCUGGCUCAAGAACUGGAUCCAGGUCAGGCUCCAGAAGAGGCAGCUUUGAUGCCACCGGAUCCAGCUUUACAACCACGUUCUCCUCCUCUUCCUAUAGCUCACCAAGCUACAGCCGCCGAUACUGAUGAGACAGGACAGGAUUAAAGCAGUGUUCACCAGAUGCCUAAUCCUCAGUGGGAUAAAGACUACCUUUAUUCUGCUCUGCAUGUGGUCGUUACCAGACUUGUAAUAUUUAAUUUUAUACAAACAUCAACUUGUACAAGUUAAAAUCAUUUUGUUUUGUAUAUUUUCCUUUUAGUUAUGUUCAUGCCAUGUUAUUAAACCUAAUUACCACAUAUACCACACAAGCAGCUUCUAUAAGAGCUGCUUUUUAUUUCAACUACGAUUGUGCAAGUUAUUUUUAUUUUUUAAAUUAAGCAUUUAUUGUUCCACAAACAUUAAUCUCCAAUGUUAUGUUACGCUAUAGUAAUAAUCUAACCUGAUGACCAAGACUGCUUCUCAAACAGGGUGAAAACACGUUCUUUGUAUAUUUCUGGACACCAAACCUCUGCAGAGCAGAAUAAGGAGCAAUGACACCAAGUGUGCUCGCCCAGCUUCAAGACCUUUUCUCUCCUGGGCUACACUGCCGAAUAGUCUCUGCCAAAACCUCGAUCCUGACAUGUCUGUUAUGAAACCUGGAGCAAAAGCAAUAUAUAAAUAAACCACAAUGAGCAGGAGUCCAUAAUCUGAGGGACUACGAAGCUGAAUACAACAACUAAUUUGACAGAUCUGGACUUUCACAAUCCAACACAUCAUGUCACUGUCUGCUCAGACACGUCUCAAAGAUCCCGUCUCCAGCUCCUUGCUCCCGUCUUCCACUUAGUUCGGACUGUGACUGACCUUCCGUUAUGCAAGAGUCCACAGAAUCACCUGCUCCCACGACAUUACUGCAGAUUUUCUAAUGGACCAUUUUGCGACCUGCAACUAAUCUUCAUCUUAUGUACCAAGGCCUAAACCCUGCUGUGUAAGUGCCUGCAAAAUACUGGAACACUUUAGUAGAGUGUAGAGUGUUAAGGUGGUGCAGUGGUUACACUGCAAAGUGACUGAUGCAUGACUGGAAAGAGCAGCGCUACCCUAAUGGUGUUACUGUGUUAUACAGUCCAACAUUCUGUCAAUCAGUCAAAUAAUAGUUCAUUUUUUCCUCACAGGGCUAAAUGUAUGGUCUGAAUGUUUAACUGCUUCGAUUUACGUCUUAUGGCAGACAGAUAUUGUAAUGUAUGUACUGUAUAUUGAGAAUUACCCAGAGCACUACUGCUAAAAGCCAUCAAGUAACACUUUUGAGAAAGAUCUUUAUGGGUUGCCACCAGAUCCAGUAUUUGUUUUGACUGCAGUUCUUCUUUGUAAAGCACACUAUAGCCUUUUAUUUUCAUACUUUAUAUUUCUGCUUUGCAUGAUUUUGACAUUUAAAAAAACAAUGGUGCAAAUUAACACUUAUAUCCAUUAAAACACUUGUUUUCUUUCAAAUGGUGUGAAGGAUGUAUUUUAAUGAGGGUAAUCAAGCCUUGUUUAAAAUGGUGUAUUUAUAAUAAAACGGUGACAAGGACUUUUAUUGUAACAACCUACACUAUGUAAAUAAACAUGGAAAUUAUA